AUUAAAAAUUAAUUUUCACCGUUGUUGUAGAUAUUUUUAUCACUGUUGUGAUAAUUAUUUUUAACACUUUUAUUUGGUAUGAAAAAAUUACUGAUUUUGCGGGUGAUCUAUCAUAUUUGUGGGUAUUUUAUCACUCUUAUGGUAAUUAUUUUUACAAUUUUUUUAAGUACCAUAGUAGUAAAAAUAACCAUAAUAAUAAAAAUAAUAAUAAUUGUAGUAAAUGAAAGUACGGUACGGAAAUUUUAUUUUUUUGUGGGACCAUAGACAAGUCUAAAUAAUAGUUGUAACUGUACUUUUAAUCCAUAGCAUUGCUCAAUUGUAACAAGAACACCAGGAGGUGUAACUGUAACAUUUAUAGGAAAUCACUUGCCCCAAAGAAAAAAAAAAGGGUAAACAUUGACAGGAAACCUUUUAAUUUACCCAAUGUACUCAUGACAGGAAACCUUUUCCUUGGAGGGCUAAGUUCAUGUCGACUUAACAUAGAAUCGCAUUGUUUAAACAUAUUAUUGUUGUACGAGUAGUUCCCUCGAACCUCCACCAAUUCACCAUCUCUCUCUCUCUCUCUCUCUCUCUCUCCCCGUGUGUGUGUCUCGAUUGGAUACGUAUAGGACAGCUAAACAAGGAAGAUGCUUGUUACAGCAUGAAAAUUAUUGGUCCUCCACUCCUCCCUCGAAGUAAUCUCUCUCCCUCCCGUGUGUUUAUUUGUGUCGAUUUAAAUAUGUAUUGGUGAGGUAAACACGGAAGAUGCUUUUCAAUACAUGGAAACUCUUGAUGCAUUUGUGAAAUAUAUCAAGCUCAAAAUUACACCCCAUAAAUAGUAAGGCAGCUUUAUGAGUGAUGAACACAACUAGAAGAAGAAGAGUUUGGUAAUGGAGAAAAGUGGGGGGAGGCAUUUUGUGCUGGUUCAUGGAGCUUGUCAUGGGGCAUGGUGUUGGUUUGAGGUGGCGACACUCCUAAGGGCGGCAGGCCACAGAGUCACCGCCCAAGACAUGGCCGCUUCGGGGAUUAACCCAAAGCAACUGUACGAGAUCCAAACUAUCUCAGACUACCUCGAUCCAUUGCUGUCAUUCAUGGCCUCUCUACCGCCGGAUGAGAGGGUCGUUUUGGUGGGCCACAGUGCCGGCGGGGCUGCUACUUCUGUCGUUAUGGAAAGGUUCCCUCAGAAAGUUGCUGUUGCUGUUUUUAUUUCUGCUUUAAUGCCUGGUCCCGACUUCACUCUUCAAGCUAUUGGUGACAAGAUCAUUCAAGGAUUGGACUAUUUCAUGGACAGCAAGUUGACAUUCGACCAAGGGAACCGCAUAACCUCUGUCUUAUUUGGCCCCAUGUUCUUAUCAACCAAGUUGUAUCAACUCUCCCCACCUCAGGUUUUGACUCUUGCAAUGUUGUUGGGGAGACCAAAGCGAGUGUUUAAUGAUGCACAGUCAUUGAAGGACACAACAUUUACCAAGGAAAACUAUGGAUCAGUUGAACGAGUUUUCAUCAUGUGCAGUGAAGAUAAAUCGAUAACAAAGGAAAACCAGAUGUGGAUGAUAGAAAACAAUCCACCAAAUGAGGUGAAGAUGAUUCAUACAGAUCAUAUGGUCAUGUUCUCUAAGCCACAAGAGUUGGCUUCUAAUCUGCAGGAAAUUGCUGACAAGUAUUAUUAACUUUGUUGCGUGUAUUAAAUAAGACGCUAUAUGUUUCUCAAUUUAAUGCCA